CGACACUCGUCGAAGCUGGUCGAAGGCGAACACCUGGCUUCUCCCUUAUAGACACGAAUUACGACUCCCAGGGCACCACUUGUCUUUUAGAAGGAUCACGAUAACGCCCUGCGCUGGUCGAACGCUGCCUUUGCUGGCCUCGUCGACAUUCACAAUCAUAAUCAUUGCGCGAUACAUGCACGACUAAUCUGAUACUCUCUUCGCAGUCUGGCCAACUAGCACCAACCUCGGAUACAACGAGAGUACACCCUCACCUGGACUCCAUCUGUUCACAUCCCGAUUCGUCGUCUCGGAAUCGCCUCACUCGACGGGCCCCGCCACCAUGUUCACGAGUUUCACCGGCAACACGCGAAAGGCGCGUCAGGUGAACCUCGGCGGAAAGAAGACAAACCCCUUCGGUCCUCCCGGCUCCGGCGCCGGAUCCCAAGCCGCCCUCGACCGUGCACAACAAGAUCGAGUGCAACGACAACGGGAACGAGAUACGCUGAAUGCGGCCAAGCGGAUACAGAAGGUAUGGCGGGGUCACUCCGCCAGGAGAGAUGUGGCCGACGAGCUACGGGGGGCAUGGGAUCGGGCAGAAGAGUCGGGUGGCUCUUCGCAUGCCGUGGCAUACAGCUCCGAGGAGGAGGCCCUGGCCCAGCUACAACGGCUGCUCCGCUUCGCUUCCUCACGGAGUGAUGACGAUCUGAGACGGAUACAACACUAUGCAUCGCGACAGAUGGAAGCAGUCAAGAAGCUGGGCAUUGCUUCGAGCGGACCAUGGCCGUGGGCAUAUUUGAGGCUGCAGCGGAUAUUGCUCGUCGCUAUAGAACGGCAGCUUCAGAAGACCUCGACAGUGCAAUGGCAACAGAUUAGACCCUCUGUGGUUGUGUUACACUUCCUCGCAGACCAGAUACCCGCCGAAACGUCCCAAAACGCCCAAAACUUCUACCGCGCCCUCGCGCACGUCGUGUCCACAUUUACCUCAAUACUUGAAGCGCAAAGUGACGGAUCAGAUGUGAGCGAAAUCAUAGCAAGGGCAGCUAUCUCGCCAAUGAAGCGGGUAACCGGAUACACACUAGACGCUUACGAAGCCUUUGGCAUACAUCUCUUGACUCUCCCGCUACUAGCAUCAGACUCGACACCACCGUGCCUACACAAGUUCCGCGACUCGCUCGCCGACUCAAUCAACUACAAAUUGCUCGCAAACGCAUUGGCAACUCUCUCUAAGAGGGCAGGACUGCAAAGCAAAGCCGAAUUGAAGAGCACGUCAAGUCGACUGCGUUUGCUGGGAAACUUCAUCUACUUUCACCGCUACGCUCAUAACUUUGACACUCCUGAAGCGUACGCUAUCCACAAAGAUUUCGUAGCCGUAGUCUCCGUUCUAUUGAACUCUCUACCAGUCAACAUCGUUGACGAUGGUCAUCCAAUCGCCGAGCUUUCGGAAGAUGGUAUCGAACAAGACUCCGAAAUAGUGUCUGGUUUCUUGAAAGAGCAAGUCGGCUCGCUGGUACAUCAGGAAGGCAUUGGCAGUCUUCUAGCCGGAUCUUCGCAGUCAGCCGAAGCUUCGGACGAUGAGAAGGUUGAUGAAGCACGCCAGCUCGCAAACUACGCCCUCGCAUUACUUCGAUUCUUCCCCCGUCGAGGUGACGAAAUACGGAUGUGGCUGUACAUUGGUCCUUCGGAAGCAUCUGAAAAGAGUACAAAGAAGCUUCCGGCGAUCAGGUACUUCUGGGAGGCGUCGAAACGAUCAUCAGUCUUCAGCACAAUCUUCAAGGACUCCAGGGCAGCUAUUGGACUUUUGAAGCCAAAGUCAACGAACAUGAACGGCUCCGACCGCCCGGGAACGUCUGGACUGACACAUCACGGUUUCUGGCAGCCAGCGCAGCAGCAAGUCGACCGCGAUGCAACCACUACCGAUGAGUGGCGGGUUAUCCUUGUGUUCUUGGAACUAUACACCUUUGUGCUUAAAGUCACUGAUGAUGAGGAAUUCUUCACGUCUGGACAAAAGGACGUAUACUCUGGUCAAAUCCGCGACAGUGGCUUACCCUUGACUGAAGUAAAGGAUCUAACAACCUUCCUCAAGAACCUCGGUUUCACACUUUACUUUAACGCAGUAGACAUUACAAAUUCAGACGAGGACACUAGAAGCAAUGGUACAAGUCUCAACUACUUCAAUCCGCAAGUAAUGGACAGCCAAGCCCAGAAAGAGCAUGCUGAGCCAUCGAUAGGUGGUGUCGCAGGUUUGAGGAUCGAUUACGUGAAAGGUCUAGUCACUGGAUUGCUCCGUAUGGUGUACGAACGGGACUCGCGACGUAAGUUCCUGCCUGCAGACCACUGGUUGAUGGUUUCGCGGUUCGACAUGACUGGAUUCAUUCCUGCCGUAGUUGAAGAGGAGGAAUCGCGACAUAAGAUCCAAGAGGAAGACGCAGACGAUCUCGAUGACCUAGAAGAAGAGGAGUUUGAUGAUACGCCACAGCUCAUUGGCACUAGUCGAACGCAACAGCAACGACGCUUGGAGAAGCUACAACGGCAGCAGCGCAAGGCUUCGCGGAGACGGUACCUGCAAGCGGUGGCGCCUCGUCUCGAAAUUUUGCAAAAUAUGCCCUUCUUUAUACCCUUUACCACUCGAGUCCAGAUCUUCCGCGAGUUUGUCAAAUUAGACAUGAUCAAACGAAGAGGGUCUGCGGAUCCAGAAUUCUGGCGAUUCAGAACGAUGCAGCAGCCAAACGCACGAAGUCAGUUGGAGAAACAUACUGCAAGGAUCAGGAGAGAGAACGAGUUCGAUGAUGCUUUUGAGCAGUUUUAUGAGUUGGGCCAAGGCUUGAAGGAGCCAAUCCAGAUUACCUUUAUGGAUCAGUUUGGCGCUCCUGAAGCUGGCAUCGAUGGCGGCGGAGUCACCAAGGAGUUUCUAACCAGUGUUACCAGCCGAGCGUUCAUGCCAACAGACUACAUUGACAUGUUUGUCGAAAACGACCAGCACCUCCUUUACCCUAAUCCAGCCGCCCUCGAAGAACACAAAGAAGCCCUCCGCCAAGCCGGCAUCCGUGAGGGCUCUCAGGAAUACCGCGCACAAAUUACCGAGCUUCUCCAACGCUACGAGUUCCUCGGCCGCAUCAUCGGCAAAUGUCUCUAUGAAGGUAUCUUGGUAGACGUCAACUUCGCCCCCUUCUUCCUCCGCAAAUGGGCUCUAACAGGCGGCACGGGCUCCGCCCCCAACGAAUCUGGCUACCGCCCCACGCUCAACGAUCUCCGUGACCUAGACGAAGAACUCUACCAAGGCCUGCACAAGCUCAAAACCUACCCCGGCGACGUCGAAGAUUUCUCCCUCAACUUCACCGUCACCGACACGGUUGUCGUUGACCACACAACCUCACCCAAGAAGACCAAAGCCAUAACCAAGGACCUGAAACCCGAUGGCUCCAACACCCCCGUCACUAAUCAAAACCGCCUCGUCUACAUUAGCUACAUGGCGCGUCACCGCCUGCAAAACCAACCGUACGCCCAAACCGCCGCCUUCCUACGUGGUCUGAGUACAAUGAUCCAACCCUCGUGGCUCUCCAUGUUCAACGCCUCUGAACUCCAAACCCUCAUCUCAGGAACCCGCACACAAAUCGACAUUGACGACCUACGCCGCAACACCAUUUACGGCGGCACCUAUGUGAUCGGCGACGACGGACUCGAACACCCCACCAUCCAACUCCUCUGGAAAGUCAUGAAGGAAAUGAGUGACGAUGAACGACGGGCUGUGCUCAAGUUUGUGACGAGUACGCCGAGGGCGCCGUUGUUGGGUUUCGGGACGCUGAAUCCGAGGUUCAGUAUUAGGGAUGCGGGGAGGGAUCAGAGUAGGUUGCCGAGUACGAGUACGUGUGUUAACUUGUUGAAGUUGCCAAUGUAUGAAGAUGAGGAGACGCUGAAGGAGAAGCUUUUGUACAGCGUCUUCUCGGGCGCUGGAUUCGAUUUGAGCUAGGUUGGAAUGUGUGUACGCGUGCGUGGCGGAUUGGGAAGAUGCUGGCAAGUAAGGGAUGCAAGGAGGAAAGAGUGCUUAUCUACAUAAAGAAGAAGAGUAUUAUGUAUAGAUUAUUCUGAUGAAUGGACUUAUUAAUAAGCACCC